AUGGCAGUUGUCGCAACUAUCAAGUGUGUCGUCGUUGGUGACGGUGCUGUUGGAAAGACUUGUCUUCUCAUCAGCUACACAACAAACAAGUUCCCUUCCGAAUAUGUCCCGACAGUCUUCGACAACUACGCCGUCACUGUUAUGAUCGGUGACGAGCCAUACACUCUUGGACUGUUCGAUACCGCCGGUCAAGAGGAUUACGACCGACUACGACCUCUUUCAUAUCCCCAGACUGAUGUAUUCCUCGUUUGCUUUUCCGUCACCUCGCCUGCUUCAUUCGAAAACGUGCGCGAGAAGUGGUUCCCCGAGGUCCGCCACCACUGCCCCGGCGUUCCCUGCUUGAUUGUUGGUACCCAGGUGGAUUUGCGGGAUGACCCCAGUGUUCGCGAGAAGCUGUCGAAGCAGAAGAUGCAGCCAGUGCGACGGGAGGAUGGCGAACGAAUGGCCAAGGACUUGGGCGCAGUGAAGUACGUCGAAUGCAGUGCCCUAACUCAGUACAAGCUUAAGGACGUAUUUGAUGAGGCUAUUGUUGCGGCACUUGAGCCCCCUGCCCCAAAGAAGAAGUCGCACAAGUGCCUCGUCCUAUAA